AUGUUCAGCGCCCUACACACUUUGAUCGUCGGGGCUGCAGCAAUGCUAGAUGCAGACCCAAAAAUCCCCACGACAAUCAAACGUUUCGCUGCACUGGGCGAUUCCUAUGCUACAGGCGUUGGCGCGGGGUUGGAACUCGAUCCGAAUUGCUGGAAGUUUAGUGACAGCUAUCCGGCGCAAUUAAGUCGUGCAGAUAUUUAUAACGGCUCUAACCCUGAAAUUCAGUUCCUUGCCUGUUCUGGGACUGUUAUGAGAUCAAACUGGGUACAAGCCUCCUCAAGGGGCGGUAAAAAAUGGAAGCAAAUUUGGGAGCAGAUUGGAGCCAUCGAGAACGCAGAUUUCGUGACGUUGUCCGUCGGGGGCAAUGAUAUUGGGUUUUUUAAUGUUCUUAAUGGCUGUGCAUAUCGAUUUUAUGGCCCUGCUUCCCCCGACUGUGAAAAAAUGCUGAUGAUGGCAAAGAAGAAAAUAAAAAGUAACGAGUUUGCACUGACAUACAAUCAAAUUUUGGAUGCAAUUUUAUCAAAAAACACCGCAAAAUCUUUUAGGGUAUUCGUGAAUGGCUACAGCGAGUUUUUUGAUGAAAAUCUUACCUCAGAAUGCGACAUUGAGAGCCUUGGCUAUUGGGUGGGAUAUCGACCAAGGCUACUUAAAGAACUUCGUGGCGAGGUGAACAAAAUAUGCAAAGGGCUCAACGAGAAAAUUGGUGAGAUUAUUGAAAAAAGAAAUGAUAAGAGAAUUGUGUUCGUUGAUUGGGCGCCAAAAUUUGAUUCGCAUCGGUUUUGUCGACCCGGAGGCGGUUUGAUGGAUGGAGACACAUGGUUUUACGAUGCCACUUUUCGAAGUGCCAAUCUUGACUUGAUCGAUCCGAAAAUGUGUGGGCCCGAGUCACAAGCUAACCCUGGUGAUUGGGGUGCCCAGGCUCUCUGUGCUAUUGCUUUCACGCAUGAACAAUACCCAGGCUUGCAGCCGGCCAUUCCUCGCGAUGUCCAACCAGCCGGAGGCCGUCAGCCGUUCGGUCCUGGAGAUGCUAGGCUUUUCCAUCCAACACCAGAGGGGCACAAGGCUAUUGUCGAUACAAUAUUAGAAGCCUGGCCGUACACGGCUGCUGAGGAUUGGCCCGUUAGCAAUGACAUGGAUAAUGAUAAUAAUGAUGGUGAUGAGGAUGGUGAAGACGAGGAUGACGGCUGGUAUGGAGACGUUAUCGGCUGA